AUGUCUUCUUUCAGGAUAACAGCUCUUAUGCUUGCUUUACUUGUUACUAUGUCUGUGAUUGUAUCUGAAAGCCGGAUAGAGAGAAAAGAUGUUGGACUGGAUCUUGGGGGCAUGGGACCUAGGGCUGGAGCAGGGAUAGGCGUUGGCUUGGGAGGUGGUGGAUCAGGAGCUGGAGCUGGGGCUGGUUCCGGUUCAGGAUUUGGGGGUUCAAGUUCAAGCUCUUCAUCUAGUUCAUCAUCAUCAUCCAGUUCAUCUGGUGGUUCUGGUGCAGGUUCUGAAGCUGGUUCAUCUGUAGGUUCUUAUGUUAGAUCAGGAGGAGGCAAUGGAAGAGGCCACGAUAACUAA